AUGUGCAUGGUGGCUGUUCUUUUCGAUCGAAGUUCAAAACGAAUGUACAAGUUCAUUUUCCAUCUUUCGGCGCUCUUGUUCUUUGUUAUUCCACUUUCCAUUAUUUUUGUGCUACACAUAUUCAUCGCUAUCAAUGUCCGAUCUUCUCGCAAGGACAUCAAUCGUGCGGAUGAUCGUUGUGUCGACGACGGGAACUCUCGCCUGACUUUCAUUCUAGUGAGUAUCAUCUGCGCAUUGUUCGUCUGCCACCUGCCUUUUCAAAUUCAGCGACUGUCGUUCUUUUACUUGGAGAACGAGCAAUCCGUUUCGACACUUAAUCAGUACUUGUUUUUCAUAUCAGGUUUUUUGUUUUACCUGGCGCCUAUUGUAAAUCCAAUCCUGUACAAUGUGGUUUCCGCACGAUUCCGUAAAGCCUCGAAAGAUGUUCUUUUGUCGGUUUUCUACCCGCCAAAAAGAAGAGGACAAUCGGUGAUUCAGAAGAGGUCUUCUGUGAAAUACGCCACGUUACCAGAACACAUCAGAUUUAUAUGUCUGGAUGUUUACGGAUACACAUUUUGCAAGUCAUUCCAUCAACUUUGUGAUUUUGAUAAUAUUAUGGGUCUACUGUGUAUGUGCAAAUAA